AUGACGCGCCGCCGCCGCCGCGGUGGCGCUCGGGGGAGGGUGCCCCGGGAGCUCCAGCAGGCCUACGGCGCACUCGCGCGCACUCUCGGCCACGCCGUCCUUUCGCUCCUCCCACCGCCGCAGCCGGCGGACACACCCUGCUCCGCCGCCUGCCGGGGGCGCGGAGGCGCCGGUUGCCUCGCGUGCCGCCGCUGGGGGUACCUCCUCCGCGAUGGGGACCCGGUCGCGUACCGCAACCUCAUCACCCGCGCUGUCUGCGCCGUCGCGCCGGCCGGGUCCGCACCCGCGCCGCCGCGGUACACGCCGGGGAAUGCCGGGCACUCACAGGCCAAGCUCGUUCGGGAGAUGAUCAAGUCGAUAAUGGCGGGCCGGGCGUGGACGACAACGAACGUCCUCUCCAGCGGUUGCCGUGCGGGUGGCCAAACUACGUGUGUUAGUGAGCUUGUUUCUUCUUCAUCUUGGGACAUUCUCUUGCAUAGGAUUGGGGAUUUACUCAUGUGCUAUAUUCUAAGGCAUUCAUCAAUAUUUUUGCCUGUUAAGAAGAACGGUUUUUUUCAAGUAACUGGCCUCCCACUCAAUCAAAAGCCUAUGUUUGCGAGUAUGUCAAAAAAUCAACAACCCCAAUCCACGAAAGGAAAAUACUUGUGCUAUCUGUGCCAUAACCCAAAGAUGUCACAAAACAUAUCUGGAGGCUGUGUCAAUAAUUCAAAAGUUGCAUUCUCUUCUCCAGAUACCAGUACAUGGAAAUUUGAUAAUCCAAAAAGCUCUGGAAGUUAUGGUUCUGCAAAUUUUAGAGAACCCAAUUGUUUAAUUGAAGGAUUCAAUCACUCAGAACUUCCUUUGACUAAUGGAUCAAUGAAGUGUUCUAGUUUAGAUAAUCAGAAUCCUAGGAAAAGAAAAAGGCUGUACAGUUGGCAACGCCACAACAAACAGAAGCAGAUUUGUUCUGAGGACAGGUUGUCAACUGGGUGGAGUAAAAUAAACAUCAGUCGAUUUGGUGUCCAUGAUGUUUUAUUGGAGAACUUGUGUGCUACAGUGAAUGAUAAAGUGCAGUUUUUGGAACCAACGGUAUAUAAUGAUUCUUUAGCAAUGAGCAGUGAUGUGACUCAUUCACAUACUAAAGAGCCAUAUGGUGUAUUGUCCUAUGAAAAGUCACCAAGUUCUGUGUUUGAUAUUGGACCUUCCCAGUGUAACAGUAAAUCAAGAAUUCAAUCUACAUUCCCGCAAGUUGGACUUCCCAAUUUCAUGCAUCUCAAUAAUGGUCCCAUCUGCUUCAAUUGCUUAAUGUUGAAUUCUUCCAAAUGUGUAUCAGUAGAUUUGCUUAUAUCAAGACAUGCUAUCUUCUACAACAGAAGGACUUCCUAUAACGUCUUCCAUGGCAACCACAUAUUAAACAAAAGGAAAAGACCAGAUGCAUUAUCUCUUAUAAUACAUAUAUUUGGAAUCAAGGGAUGCUGCGCAAAGUUAUUGAAAUGCGACUGCCAUUUGUCUACUACAACAAAUUCGAAUUCCUCGUGCCUUUCGCUGCCUAAACUAAUGAAUAAGCUCAUCAGAAAUUCUAAGCGCUGCCAGUAUAAGAAACUACUUCUGAAGCAUUGUUCUGUCAAUUCCAAGCGUGCAGCUGAUGUUGCCAAGAAUCAUAAUGGCAAGGCGCAAUUUUUAAUUGGAGGAAAAUCGCCAUACUAUGAUCAAGCUUAUGUUCAGUUGGAGGCUUACAGUACACAUCAACAAGUAGUUUCCUUCAUCUGGGCAGUGUUGAGACGAAUUAUACCUGAGCCGUUGCUAGGAAACUCUUGCGGCAAGAGAUCUUUAAGGAUAAACAUUUGGAAGUUUAUAAAGUUGCGCAGGUUUGAAAAAUUUUGCUUGAGCGAUUGUAUUGGUGAGCUGAAAGUAUCACAUUAUUCUUGGAUAUCAAAUAUUGGAUUAUCUGAUUGCUUUUGCUCUGCUCUAAUGGAGAAAGAAAUUUGGUUAUCAAAUGGAUCUUACGAGGAGAAACUUCAGAAUCUUCUACAUUGUUGGAUUAGUUGGAUGUUUUCUGAUAUUGUGAUACCAUUAGUCAAGGCAUACUUUUAUGUUACAGAAAGGGAAUCAAGGCGAUAUGAUGUUUUCUAUUAUCCAAAGACAGUUUGGAGAGACUUAACUAGUACUGCUAUUGCUUCCCUAAACAGACAAAACUUCAGGAUUUUGCGUGGUACAUCCAGGAAAGAAGCAAGGCAGUCAUGCUGUUCUUCAAGAGUGAGGUUCGUUCCAAAAGCAAAAGAUAUGAGACCAUUAGUAAAUCUCAGAGGUCAAUCAAAAGAUGUCCUCCUCAAUAAUUGUCACCUGAUUAUAAAAAAAGUAAGGGAUGAGAAUCCAGACAAGUUUGGUUCUUCUGUUUUUGAUUACAAUAAUGUGCAUCAAAAUCUCUGGCAUUUUAUUUCUUCAGUAAGAAGUCACCUGAAGGAAAAAUUCAAGAUAUAUAUUGUUGUUGCCAAUGUAUCAAAGGCAUUCAAUUGCAUUAAGCAUGAGAUGUUACUGAAAGUUGUGGAUGAUGCGUUGAAAUGUGACGACUAUGUUCUGAGGAAAUGCAAAAAGGUAGUUUGCAACUGGUCUAAGAAUGCCCUCUACCGUUUUGAUUCAAAUGUUUCUAUCAGCAACGGUGAUGAUAUAUGUGAUUUCUUGAUUCAGUUAUCAUCAAGGGGUGGCAUUUUUGUUGACCAGGGAAAAUUUGGCAAGAUACAGAAGAAAGAGAUUCAGUGUUUCCUUUCCAAGCAAGUGGAGUGCAAUGUUUUGAAGAUUGGGCAAAACUUCUACUCACAACAAGUAGGCAUCAUUCAAGGAAACAAGUUAUCUCCCAAGCUUUGUUCCCUGUACUUUGGUCACCUUGAAAAUUCUGAGCUGUCGAAAUUUCUUCAUGAUAGCAAGAUUGAUUCAGAAAAGGACGUUUCAACACCUAAAAGUUUAUUAAUGAGGUUCAUUGAUGAUUUCAUAUUCAUAUCUUUCUCCAAGGAGCAUGCUCUAGAUUUUUUCAAUAGGAUAAGAAGAGGGUUUUCUGACUACAAUUGCUACAUGAAUGACAAAAAAUAUGGUUUCAACUUCGAGGUUGCAAAUAGUGAGCAUUGUUGUAAUAGGAUCUACAGGGCUGAUGAUGGAUUCUGUUUCAUACCAUGGAGUGGUUUGCUUAUUAAUUGUGAAACUUUGGAAAUUCAAGCUGAUUAUACAAGGUAUCUGGACAUUUCGUCCACCAUCACUGUUAAGACGCAUUCCUCAGCAAAGUACCUUGAGAGCAAGCUAUGUCAUUACAUGCGUCCGAAGUGUCAUCCCAUUUUCUUUGAUUCCACGAUCAACUCACCAGGCACAGUAAGACUGAAUAUAUAUCAAGCUUUCCUCUUAUGCGCAAUGAAGUUUCAUUGUUAUUUCCAGAGCAUGCCUGAUGCCAGCAUUAGGAAACUGGAGCUACUGCAUAUAAUUAAGAGAACUUUCAGGUAUAUGCAUAACCUUAUCGCCAGGCGGAUCCACGAUGUGGAGCUGCAAUACAAUGUGCGCCCAGUUCUGAAGCUUAGGCGAAAAGAAACCAUGUGGCUCGGCCUAUCAGCAUACCUUCGAGUGCUUCAGAAGAAGCAAUCACGUUACAAGGAUUUGUUGGCGUUGCUGAGAGAGGAAAUUCGGAGGUGUGGCCAUCUGGACCAUCACAAUGAUGGUUUGCGCUACGCUGUGGAUGACUCUCACUCAUCAAUGUUCUGGAAAUGUAAGUUUUAG